UUUUUAUCAUUUGUAUUUUGAAAACCCACUCUCACAGUCGCAAUUGUCUUGCAUACUUGUAUUGUACAUUAACGAUAUGAAAGCAUCAUGUUGAAACAAUGGUGGAAAGUAUUUGUCAUUCUGACAGUAUUCGUCCUUGUAAGUGUUUUGGGAUCACAUUUUCGAGGAGCCAUAAUAACAUGGAAGCCAGGGACAAAUAAGAAUGAAGUUAUUAUAGAAUAUCGUAUUUCAUGGAGAAUGACGUACAGUUCUAAAUUUACUUGUAAUGAUACCAUUAUACAACAAGGAACUAAAAUAGGUGAUGAAGGAUCAAUCGAGUGCUUUCAACACUGCCACGGUUCUCUCGGACCUCUUGUUUAUCAAUGUACAGAUUACAGUAAGAAUGAAGACUGGUCAUCCGGAAGAGGACGAAUAACAGCCAUGCUAUAUUCUUCUAAUAGCCAUUCAAACUUUGAAUUCGGAUUUAAAGGACGUGCAUGGAUAAACACGUUGGUAGUAGGAUCUAGCGGGUCUUGGACGCUUCGGGCUAGAGCUAGUUUGAAAACAAGAUCAGAUAUAGGACGAAUAAAUUCAUCGCCAACAGCCGAGAUAUCUCCAAUUGUUCGACUGCAACGUGGUUGUAACCAUUCCAUUAUUAUUCCAGUAAGUGAUCCUGAUAAUGACAUUGUGAGAUGUCGCUGGGCCGAUUCUUUAAAAGAUGAAUGUGGCAGUGUAUGCAGAAGUCCACCAAAAGCUUAUAUAUAUUAUGAUACAUGUACAAUAACAUACGAAGCCAAACAGACUGGAUGGUUUGCUGUUCCAAUUCAAGUAGAAGACUAUGCCGAUGUUAACUCGACAACACCGCUCAGCAGUAUACCUGUUCAGUUCCUGUUUAACGUUUACGAAGGCGGUAGUUCGUGCGAAAAGACUACACUGUUUGUAGAUCCAACACCUCCAAAUAGCGCUUGCAUAGGCGUACCUUUCAACAAAGUCCUUCAUGUAGCAAUUGUUGCACGUGUUGUUAAUGCGAAUAGGAGUAUAGCAGAAAUCAAGACAAUAUCUCCUCUUGGUAUGACUAAGGGUAACCUAUAUAAUGUAUCAACAACUGAUUGGAGAAUGAAUAUCACGUGGUCACCUGCAAAUAGGGAUGUCAGGAACACAUUUUGCUUUUCUGCUGUCGAAAAUUCUAUCGGAACUGAGAGUGACAAGAGAUGUGUAACACUACUUGCUGGUGUUUCACCUCCGUCACUGCUGAAAGAGUCACAAAUGCCUGCAGGAAAAGUCUAUCCCAGCAAUACAGAAUGGAAUAUAUCUACAGAUGGAAAUGUUUUACGGGCAUCAAGACCAUCUUUCAUCAGACUGUAUAACAGCACGGGAUACCAGCUUGAACAGAUUGAUGCCUCAGAUACCAAUAAACUCAAGAUCAAUGGAAAAACUAUUACUUUUACCACGUCAGCUACUUUAGAAGAAAAAGAAUCAUAUUAUUUUCUCUUCGAUUUUGGUAUUGUUCAAGGUACUACAUACUGUCAUGCGGAAUCAGAAGCUGUGCUUGAUACCUCAUUUUGGCGAUAUAGAAUACGUGAUGUCACUCCUCCAACUAUAUCAUUUCUAAAAUACCCUAUGAAAACAAAUUCAACAGCUGAAAUACAAUGGAAAGUCAAUGAACCUGCAACAACUUUGUGUUCUUUAAGUAAUCGAAAUAGCAUUAUUGAGACAAUCUCGUGUAACAACACAUGGAAAAAAGAGGAUCUUAAAGAAGGACAGUAUACAUUGAAAAUUGUGGCAACAGACAUUGAAGGAAACUCGGCAACCAAAACCCAUUUAUGGGAUGUGGACACUACACCACCAGUUCUAAUCAUAGAGAAUAAACCAGAUGAAUAUAGUAACGAAAACAUUGCUGAAUUUAGAUGGCAAUGUAUGGAACCUUGUACCACGGUAUGCUCUGUGUCAUAUAUUGCUAACACAUAUCCAGUUGUUUGCUCAAGCUCGACACUACAUUGGACCUUGCCAACGACAAUUUCUAAUAUCACAUUCAGAUUGACAAUUACAGCUUUCGAUGAAGUUCGCAAUGCUAAUGAAAAACAUGUCACAUGGAUUUCUGAUUUUGAAGAUCCGAAAAUUCAGGUUUGUGAAAACGGACAUUCCUUAACUGUAGACUGCUCUGCAGAUGAUUUUAAACCAGAGAGUAUUUGUAAUGCUUCGGUAAGCGACGAUUUAGAUACAUCGCCACAUUUGAACUAUUCGGAUGAACACAUUCAUUCUUGUGCUUUAAGAAGGAAUUGGACAGCAGUUGAUAAAGCCGGCAAUAAGGCAACGUAUUCGCAAACAAUUCACAUAAAAUCGGAAAGCAAUAUUGAAUUAGUGCGAUAUCCAGGUCCUCUACUAGUAGCAUGCGGUGCUCUUGAAAAUAUGACUGAUGUGAUAGCAUCAAUGUUUAAAGUUAAACACCCAUGUGGGAUCCCUAUCAAGUUUAGUUUCGCUGAUGAACCUCCUAAUCAUGGACAAUGCGAUUCAAAAAUCAAUCGUACAUGGACAAUUUAUGAUGAUUGUGGUAGGAAGGUAACGGUAAACCAACCACUUAGAAUCCGCCAAGCGAGGAAACCAUUAUCUCCAGGUGAUGGACAAACAGGAAUAGAUUUAAACAUAUAUCUACGUUGGCAAAGCUCUCCAUCAGUUUCUAACUAUACUAUCUAUAUUUGGAAACGAGGAGCUGAAAGAUCAAAAGAAGCAAGUUUUUUUUCAAUUGAAAGCUUUUAUGAAUCCCCGACGCUGGAGCCUGGAACAAAGUACAAUUGGCAAAUUGUAUACAAUUAUAUAAACAAUGAUUUAUUUUUCAGUCCUAUUUGGAGUUUUGAAACCCGACAUUUUGUCGAUGUUGCAGUAACCAAUGUAACGAUACCACCGCUUGCUUUCACAGGAGAUAGUAGAAAAGUGCAAUGGACAGUUAUGAAUAAAGGGAGAUUAACAUUGCUAUAUACCCAUUGGACAGAUGGUAUCUACCUUUCCUGGGACAAUAAGUUUCAGAACGCAAAGCUUGUAGCAAGUGUUCGCCACACGAAUAUAUUAUACCCUAAUGACGGAUAUUCAUCUUCUGCCCUAUUUACAUUCGAUGAGAAAACAACAGGGAAUGCUUAUAUAUUUGUGUAUACCGAUAUGUAUAUGACCAUAACGGAACAAAACAAAUCAAACAACGUGAUGCGCAGUCUUUCUACAAUAACUGUUAAACUUACUCCGCCACCUGAUCUGCAAGUAACAUCAAUAAAUUUUCCUGGAGCACGUGUCUUUUCCGGAUCAAAUGUAAAGCUCACAUGGGAUGUUGUUAAUACUGGAGGGGGUCCUACAAAGAGUUCAACGUGGUGGGACAGAAUAUGGUGGUCAGAGACUGAAUUUACUGGGUAUGGCACAAGCUAUUUGACUGAUUCACGGCACAAUGGCAACAUAGUCAAAAAUGGAAAUUAUUCACAGGCAAUGUUUGUGAAAAUACCGGAUUUUAUUUAUGGAGAUUUCUAUUUCAUUAUUGAAACUGAUGUUUUUAAUAAUGUGUUUGAACACCUAGGAGAGAAAAACAACAUGAUAGCGAAAAAGAUUCAGGUUCUUUUAACACCACCACCUGAUCUUGAAGUAAUCCUGAUUAAUAUGACCAAUAAAUGGAUUACUGGGGAAACUGUACAUAUUUCAUGGACAGUGCGAAAUAAUGGAAAUGAUUCACCCGUGUCACAAAGUUACUGGAGGGAUUUGGUGGGUUUGGUUUCAAAAUCUGGUUAUUGGCGAAGAAAUAUUGCAACUAUGUCGCACUAUGGAGCGUUGCAAGCCGAUGAAUCUUAUACGUCAUUGAUAGACUUUUAUGUAUCGCCAGAUAUUUCUUCAGGAAACUAUGAUAUUUUUGUCUUUACCGAUUUUGCAAAUAAUCUUUUUGAGUACACAAAUGACAACAAUAACGAUCUUUCCCAGACAAUUUAUAUAAAACAAGCUCUUCCAGAUCUUGAAAUUGUUAACUUUACUGCAUCAGUUAUCUAUGAGGCAAAUUUUACAUUGCUAAACGCCACAUGGAAAGUCCGUAAUAUUGGAAAUGGAAAUACACUAUCAAACAAGUGGAUUGAUAGUUUGAAAGUAAAAUCCCAAUCACAUUUUUCUUAUAUCACAUUGCAUCAAGUUUUGAUUGAGACAGGAAAUCGAUUCCAAACACUUCAGAUGUACGAGAGAAAUGUAUCUGUUGUUCUUCCAUUCAAUAUCUAUGGGAACGUUACAGCAAGAUUGGAAGUAGACAAUGAAAUUUACUCUACUGGAGACAAAUUAAUGCAAAAUAAUAUUGCUACUAUAGAAAAUAUCGAUGUAGAAUUACGUGCUGUGGAUCUUUUACCCUCAAAUAAGAUCGAACUCAAUCAAUACAUUCUUGCUGGGAAAUCGUUACAAUUAACAUAUAGGGUUUCUAACAAAGGUAAUAGAAAAAUUGAAGAAGGAGCAUGGACAGAUCGUGUGUUUAUAGCCAAAGGUAUAGAGGAUAAAAUGGCAGAUAAGAGAUUAGAUCACUUAAUACUUCAAAAACUGUCCAUAGGCAUUAACGAAUCUUAUUCACAGUCUGUAUUAUUCACAAUUCCAAAGGCUAUUUCAGGUCCUUAUUAUGUUAUUAUUGAUGUUAACAUACGAAACGAUAUAUUUGAAGGCAUAAAUACUUUAAAUAAUAGGUUGGAAAAAUUGAUCAAUAUAGAACCUGCACCUGCUUCAGAUCUUUCAAUUAUGAAACUCGAAAAGAAUGUUUCCUUCAUCAGUAAUGUAGGUACGGUAAUUGAUGUAAAAUGGAAAGUAAAUAACGUCGGUAAUUCAAUCAGCGAUUUUGUGCCAUGGUAUGACCAAAUAUCUUACAAAACAAGAAAUGGUGAACGUAUACCGCUUAAUUCCUAUACAAUUGAAUAUUUCCUAGAGUACCAGGCUUCAUAUGAACAAAGCAAAACAUUACUUUUCCCAUCAGAUGUGUUUGGAACAUUUUUUCUAUGUAUUGAAACGGACGUUUAUUCCGAUGUGUAUGAAGCACAUUCAAGGCGUAAUAAUUUGUUUUGCCAAACAAGUUCUUUUGAGAUUAAAAAGGUUGACCCAGCUCUGUUAGAUGCACAACUGACAAUUAAUUUGCCUGAUAAAGAAACUAGCGAAACUAUUCUUCCAGGAUCAAAUGUCGAAAUUAAUGUUACUGUCACUAACAUCGGUCUCCAACCUACACACAAAACCUCUUGGGUUGAUUCUGUAUUUUUAGCUGAUCAUGAAGUGAAAUCUGUAUAUGAUUUAGAACAGUUUGGCUUACAUCUUCAUGACAGACUUCAUAUAGGAAUGCUUCUUCCAAAUCAGAGAUAUUCAUUUAAGACAACAAUUACAAUACCUGGCGAUUUUUCGGGACACCCUUUUCUUCUUGUUUUGCCGGACAGUAUUGGAAAAAGCGAAUUUGAAAACUCAGUUGUUAGACCGUUUGAUAAAAACUCAACGACAAUUAAUAUGACUAACUCGCUUACAUCCAUUUUUGGUUCUUUUCUGUUUCCGCGAAAUAUAUCUUUACUGCUGCCUAACUUAGAAAUAGACAGUGAUAUUGCUUAUAACGAAUUGCAUGGUGGACAGCCCGUCUUGCUAGGCUACAAUGUCACAAAUACUGGAAAUGUUACAUCAAACCAUAUAUGGUACGACAGUGUAUACCUAAGCGAAGACUUUGUCGUUAAUUCCUUUGAUCGUAAACUAAAGUCCAUUCAAAGGAACUUUCAGUUAAAGCCUGGCGAUACAAAAUCCCUAAAUGUCACGAUCUUUCUCCCUAAAGAUUUACAAUCGAAAAGCUAUUUACUAGCGAUCGUUUGUGACUCAAAGGACGAUUUGUUUGAAGAAAAUGAAGAUGAUAACAUACAUCGAAUAAUGUUUGAUUUAAUUGAAAGUGUAAGUAGUGAUAUUUUAGUGGCACAAGUAAGAACCUCCAGUGUAUUAGAAUACGGUAAUGAUAUGACAGUUUUUUGGGAAAUCUACAAUAAUGGAACCAACAAAGUUGAUGGAUAUAAAUGUGACUCUGUUUAUCUUUCUGAUGAUGAAACGUGGGAUAUUACAGAUUCCAAAAUCGGAGAACCAGUAUGCAGCUUCUUUAGUUUGAGCGCGAAAUUAUCAAAUCAUUUGAACUUCUCACUACAAGGUGAAGUUCCACAUGUUAUAGGGAAGAACUAUUCAACACUUGUGAAAAGCAGAACAAAUGUGAUUGACAUCCAUCUGGAAAAUAAUGUUGGUGUAUCAAUAAAUAAAACAAGAAUAGCGUAUCAGUCUCUUGCAGUUGGGAGCUCAACUAACAUGAAACUAAAUGAAAACAACUUACGAUCAUUACAAAUUGUGAACGUUUCUAGUGACGCAACACUUAUUGUGAAGUUGACAUCAAAUAAUGAAAACGCUUUUAACAACCUAUUCUUGAAAUCAGUCGAACCUGCAACAUUAUAUGACUUUGAUUUUGCAACUGAUAAACCAAAUCUACCCAAUCAAUAUAUAAUUGUUCCUGAUACACUGAAAUCUGAUUACUAUAUACUGCUACAAAAUGCAGGUUUUCUUAAUCCUGUCUUGAAUAAGGAGCAAAACGUUUCAAUUUUAGUUAAAUAUGCAAACUUUGAAAUCCAGGAGGUAUUUCCAAAAGAGAUAAUUCCGGGGGUACAAACUACUUUCGUUAUAAAAGGAACUUUAUUCCCUUUUGACAUGCAAAUAAAAUUAAACAACAUCAACGUUACCGUGAUGGCACGUGCAGUUUAUAUUUUUUCAACUACUGUAGUAUAUGCAUCCUUUGAUAUUCCAAACGAUAUAGACUCCUGUAAUUUAACAUUUUUUUCACCUUCUCUGAAUCAAACCAUUAUUCACAAUGAAGUAAUAAACGUUCGAUACGGUAGGGAGGGGCAUUUGUAUUUAGAUAUCGAAUCUACAGAACGCGUACUCAAUGGAAAAACAGGACAAAUAAAAGUAAAUUUAGCAAAUCAUGGCGAUUCUGAUAUGAUAGUUCCGAUAUUAAAAGUAGAAGCUUCAGGAGCCGGAAUUAUCAAGCUAGAUGAUGCAAUGGAAGAAUUUUUUAAAGACACAUUUUACGUGUUUGGAUGCCCCGAGCAAGGUCCAGCGGGAGUUUUGCUUUCGCAUGCAAUGAGUUCUUUAACUUUCAAGUCAAAACAAAAUGACAACACUUUUGACGGAUCAGAAUCGAUGAAGUUCAGUGUGUCGGAACUUGUUCAAAGUACUCGGAUUGAGAAUCCUUUCCUUGAUAUGAAACACGACUUGAAACCUUCUCACUACAAUGUAGAAGAGUGGACACCGGUUUGGGACAAUUUUAUUGCAUUGACUGGAAACAGCACAAAGAGUCUCGCUAUGAAAAUGUCAGAUGUCUUGAAUGAAAUGAGUUUAGCAGGGAGAUAUGUAAGAAAUUUUGAUGCUGUAUUGAAAUACUUGAUUGAAUUUUCUGAUGCUCCGUAUGGUGAUCGGAUACUUCAGACUGUAACCGACUUUGAUAUUCAGUCGAAUUCUAACGUUCGUUUAGUAAUUGAGAGAUUUAUGUCUGCACGAAUAGGGUCGAGAAAACAAUCAGGUUACAUGGGGUCAGGAUGGAUUCUCCCCUUAUGGGAUACGAAAAUAAAAUCAAUCAACAGAACAGAGCUUAUUUUAACUUUAGAAAAAGAAGACUUUUUAUUCGUCAAAGUAGAUGACAACGAUUAUAUCAAUAAGAAAUUAGGAAUACUUACAGAGAAUGCCACAGAGUUUAUACUUCGUUCAGAUAAAGAUGGUAAAGAAUUUUAUUUUGACUCUGAAACUAAGAGGAUAAAAGUCAUUGCAUCAUUGAUUGACUCUAGUCAGUUAAAUCUUGAAUACGAAAAUUCACUUUUAACUGUUAUUCGACAUUCUGAUGGUCCGUACGUUACGGCAAGAUAUGACAAUAACAAGCAAAUUCAGCAUAUACAGCUACAUAAUGAAUCGACACCCGGACGUGUAUCACAAGUACAAUAUGUGUAUGAUUAUGAUACGCAGAUGUUAAGUCAGACAAUCUCCGAAUUAGGUACUACAAGAUACUAUUAUAAAGACAAUGCAUUGUCAUACGUAAUGUAUGAAGAUAGGUCGAUGUUUUUGUUCCAAUAUAAUGACAUGGGUCAUUUGAAGUCAAGAAGUUUCAUAGUAAACAACAAAAAGGUUUCUGAACUAGUUUACAGCUAUAGCAAUGGGGGAAUGAUAUCUGUUCAUAGUCCUAUUGAAGAUGAAACAUACAGGUUGACAUUUUCCGAAGAAGGAGAUGUCAUUCAAAUAUUGAGAGACGGAUACCUACCAGAUAGAACGGUUUUUACUAAGACAACAGAAACUAACUAUGAGGGUGACACUAUUGUUACUAAACGGAAGUAUGAAAAUAACGGUAGGCAUAUUGUGAUUGAAGACGGAAACGGCGAUAAGAUAAAAACUAUCUUUAACGGGAAAAGUCAGCUGACUGCAUUUAUUGACGGACGAGGAAACCGAUAUGAUAUUGCGAUAAAUGGAAACGGAACUUUAAGUAAUAUAUCUUUCCCUGAUGGAACAAAUAGAACAUACAGAUAUGCGCAUAACGGUCACACAACGACAACGCAGUCAGGUGGAACCAAACGGUAUGAGUACAAUGAUAAAAAACAGCUUCAAAUGAAAGAUAUUGGAAAUAAUUCUGUAACAACAUUUGAAUAUGACGAAACAGGGCAACUGACACGAGCUGUGAGCAAACACGGAGUGAUUCGCAUAAGAUAUGAAAACAGUAACAUAAAGAGCGUUAUAUAUCCAGAAAACCGUAUCGAUUAUGAAUACACUGAUGAAAAACAAGUAAGUAGAAUUACAACAAAUCGUGGAUAUGUCGCGAAGUAUAAAUACAACGGUAACGGACAACUUUCCCAAAUUGACGAUAAUAAAAACAUCAUACUUCGCGCUGAAUACAACUCUAAAGGAAGGAUUAUUAGACGGCAACUAGGUAACAACGCUUUUACACAUUAUGAGUAUGAUCCAAUAUCCGGACUUCUAAAAAAGAUGUCAAAUCACUACCCAAACGGAACUCUCGCUUCAAUUUUCAAUUACACAUAUUCGACGAUAAAAAGGAGAAUUGCCGUGGACACACUUAACGGAAAAUGGAAGUUCAACUACGAUCGCGCUGGACAAGUUGUUACAAUGACUGAUCCAAGAGAACAUGUAACGGAAUACACUUAUGACAGUACAAAGAAUAGGAAAAUAGUGUCAAUAAAUGGAGUUGAAAGUUUCAGCACGAUAAAUGAAAUGAACCAGUAUACAAAGUAUCGAGAUAUGGUUUUAAAAUAUGACAAAAAUGGCAAUGCUGUCCUCAGAAAGGGACCUUUACCAGAACAUUAUACAUUUGAUGAAGAAAAUAACAUUGUGUCCUACAAGUCAAAUUCUGAUCAAUGUAACUUUGAAUACGAUGCUUUGGGAAAUCUGUUCAUGAAAGAUUGCAACGGACAUGCCAUGGCAUUUGUUAUCAACCCGAUUGGAAACAGUGAUAUGGAUAUACUUGAGAAGAUAGAAAAAAGUGGUGGAAAAGAAAUUGUAACACAAUUUUACUAUGGAGGAGAUCAAAUAGGUCUCGUAGCCUCAAGAAACCAUAAUGAUAACCUUAUUUAUUAUAUGUACGAUCCUCUUGGGUCUGUUACAAAUAUUUUGGAUGAUUUUGGAAAUUUGCUGAAUUCAUAUGAAAGAAAUCCUUUUGGUGAAAUUAUUUCUUCUGAAGAAAAAAUAAAAUCAAUGUUUACAUUUAUCGGCCAAUGGGGUGUCGUCGACUUUGAAGAAAUGGCAGACAUAUAUUUGAUGCGCACGCGACUUUACGACAGUUAUACGGGGCGAUUCAUGAGUACCGAUCAGUUAGGUCUCAAAGCACAAAGCAAAAAUUUGUAUGCUUACUGUUCAAAUAAUCCUGUUCAUUUCAACGAUCCAAGAGGAACGUGCCCAUUGUGUUGGUCUAUUGGAAUAGGUGCUGGGAAAAGUUUAUUGAAGUACGCACUCACUCAUAAGACUUUGACAUGGGGAGGUGCUGCAGGAGCAAUUAUUGAAGGAGGACUAAAUGGUGCAUUAAGUCCUUUACGAAAAUAUUUGCUAUCCCCUGUGAUGGCUUUAUUGAAAGAUAGAGUUCACGUACUUGGCAGCUGGGCACAACAUGCAAUUGAUGGGGAUCCGUAUUCUUUUAAAGACGCGAUAUAUGAAUUCAUUUUUUAUGUUGCGAAACAAACCACUAUUGGGAAACUGUUGAAAAUCGCCGACAAAGUGAACAAAAUCAUCGACUUUGGAUGUACUAAACUUGAACAAUAUUUUGAAAUCAUCCAAAAGGGGUGCGAAUUGAAGAGAAGACUCGAAAAAAAGCUUAAACAAUUAGCAGACGGCAUAACGAAAUGGGUUCGAUCUUUUGAUCCGAAUGACAUUAUUGGACCGGCAGGAUAUGGGCAAGCCCGUUUUAUACAAAAAACCCAAAUUAUGGAAUAUACAAUUAGAUUUGAGAAUAACGAGAAUGCUACUGCACCUGCUCAACGAGUUUAUAUAGAACAUAAAUACAAUAAGCACCUGGAUGCAAGAACUUUCACAAUGGGUAACUUUGGAUUUGGCAACUUUGAAAGGGAAAUUCCACCAAAAAGUAAACUAUUUCAGGGAACAUUAGAUAGGACUGCAGAUUUGGGAAUUAUAAUUCGGGUGUUUGCUGGACUUGAUCUUCAGAAAGAAAUGGUUAUUUGGGAGUUUGAAUCGAUUGACAAAACGACAGGUGAAUCCCCAUCGGACCCUGAUGUCGGGUUUUUACCUCCAAAUAACGGUACAUCCGGACAGGGAUAUGUUACCUUCUUCAUGAAACCUAAACAAGAUACACCACACCUGUCAAUUAUACAUGCAAAUGCUUCCAUAUUCUUCGACCAAAAUGAGCCUAUUGAUACUCCAAAUAUCGCAAAUACGAUAGAUGAUACUUUACCUGAUGUGAAUGGGUCAAUUGUUGCUGGAACUGAAUCGAUAGAUUCUGUUACAAUAUCUCUAAUUGCCUCGGAUACUGGUUCUGGUGUGAGACAUGUUGAUCUGUUUGAGGUAUUAGAACAAGGUUUGAUAUUGUACCGAAGUGGCAUUACAGAAAACCAUUGCGUAAUUCACUUGGAACUAGAAGAAACGAAACAUAUACUGCCAAUAGCUGUUGACCGUGUUGGGAAUCAUGAAAACAACGUCAAUACUAGCUCCAAAAACACCAUUCACGUGAAAUCUAAUAUCAAAUUUGGUAUUUGUGACUGCUCAGGUAAUGGAAACUGCAGUAGAAGAACAAACAUUUGCAUUUGUGAAAGCGGAUAUUAUGGCCCGUCGUGUAACUCUACUAUCCCACCACCGGAACCACCAUUGCUUGAACUAAAAUCCGAGGCAGGAUUUACCAAUGAACCAAUCGAACUGACCAUUUCGGCCAGGAACCUUUCAGGAUCUUUAGAAGAUAUCGAAAUUUAUGUCACCGGAAUGAAAAAUGGAACAACGUUUUCAAAAGGAAGCGUUGAAAAUGACAGCAGCGUUUUACUAUCAAGUUCGGAUUUUGGACUCAUUAAUAUGACUUCUGGAAAUCCUGGCGAACAAAUUUUGAUAAUUAAAGUCAUUCAGCAAAUGAAAGAAAAUAACUUCACUAGAAUUGGUGAACUGCCUGUCAUGGUUUAUCCUGAAGUACAAAACAUUUCUAUUGAAUUCGAAGGGUGUUUCACAAAAGAUAAUGCAGACGAAGUAGUUGUUACUUUAAAUUCUUCCGUUGACAUUCUGACUAGCGAAGAACAGUCAAUCAUCCAAAACAAAUCUACACAUAUUCUAUAUACUGUAAGUUUGGCAUUACCAAGCUGGGUCAGACCUCUAGAGACUUUUGAAAGUGACAAUGGAUACAGAAUUGAAAAAACUGUCACGGGUUAUCUUCUUAAAUUAAUUGGUCGCUUCGAGCCGUUUAUGAUAACUUAUAAUGUCAAAAUUGAGCCUGACGGUGUACCUUCUUUGGUAUUUUCAAAAACGUUCCAGAUUUCUUCGUUUUGUCAUGGAGAUUGCGAGGAUAAAAAAUAUGGCUUGAUGUGUGAUAAAACGUGCGAUUGCGACUGGAAUAAUGCAAUAGAGUGCAAUCAAUAUAAUGGAUCCUGUUCAUGCUUACGAGAGUGGAGGGGAAUCACGUGCAAUGAAUUUGCUUGUCCGUGCAUAGUAAACAAUACUGCGCUUUGUGAUCCAGUAAACCAAACGUGUCAAUGCCAGGAGGAAUGGGAGGGAGAAUCAUGUGAUAUCGACGUGAAUGAAUGUCUUAACAGCUCAGUUUGUGAAACUGUCAACAAUACUGGAUGCCAAAAUAAAGAUUGGGGAUAUGACUGUCUUUGCUUGGUAGGAUACGAUCUUCAAAAUGGUUCUUGUAUCGAAAUAAAUGAUACGAUUAAUUCAACAAUGCUGACAGAGAACGAUGAGAAAAGGAUUACUCCAAUAACGUUGCACUUAGACAUCGAGCUGACGCCAAAUGUCAAUCUCAAAGUUGCUGAAUCAUACAAUACAUAUGCUAGGAAGGCCACUGAUAUGCUCAAAAUUUACUACAUGGAAAAACUUGGGGAUAACUUUGUUCAAGUUAUUAUCAUCAGCAUAAGGAGAGGUAGUGUGAUAAUUGACCAUAGUGUUCUCACUAAAGAUACUGAUGAAGGGUCAAAAGCAUUGGCUGUUGCUCUUUAUGACCUGAAAACGAGCAAUGCAUCGUUAGAUUUUGAUGGAAGAGCUGUGCAUGUUAUUGAUAUUACAGUGGACAAUGAAAAUGUUCCGGAUGACAUAUGUACGUUAUAUACAUCAUUCAAUCCAUGUAACGUGACUGAAUGUGUUACUAUCGAAGGGAAGCCUAGCUGUCGUGUAUUAGAUCCGCAUGUCAGUUCGCUAAAUCUGGCUAUCCUUAUUAUAUCAUUAGCUAUCGGGAUUCCUGUUGCAUUCAUAUUUAUUGCCGUGGUUACAGUCUUCUGUUGUUUGAAAAGGAAAAAACAAAGCAAACGACUACGACAUUAAAAUGCCUCCAAACAGUUUGCUCGAUAAAGACAUCAUUAAUAGUCGAAUUUCCGAGGAUUGAAUCUGACGACAACAUUUAGUGACGAACAUUUUUAUUUAUUUUAUGUAAUCAGAUUUUUAAUAAAAUUCAACGCUUUUAGAA